AUGGAGGAUUCACCAAGGUUGUCUAAAGCAAUGAGAAGUAUGAUUGAAAUAAAAAGCAUGCUGGUGGAUUUUAUGAAAUGCAGAGUGGGAAAUGGCCUUAAUGCAAUGUUCUGGUUUGAUUCCUGGAGUGACCUGGGUCCACUAAUAGAUUUUGUGGGACACACGGGACCUAGACAGCUUCGGCUGAGGCUUCCUUCAUUGGUUGCUGAUGCAGUUUUAAAUGGGGACUGGUUCUUACCAUCGGCUAGAUCGCCUCAAGCAGAAACACUGCAAAUCACUCUCACCACGCUGCAACCUCCAUCUCAAGAGGCAGGUGAGGAUCAAUUCCUAUGGAUUCAAGCUAAUGGAUCGUAUGGAACCUCUUUCUCUUCUAGAGUUACUUGGGAGUGUAUAAGAGUUUCAACACUGAUCCAGCCUUGGCACAAGGUCAUUUGGUUUAAAGAGCACAUACCUAGGAACUCCUUCAUCUCUUGGCUUGCGUUGCUUCGCCGCCUACCAACAAGAGACAGGUUAAGGAGAUGGGGUAUGACUGUGCCAGAGGAGUGUGUUUUGUGUUCUGCAGCACCAGAGACUCAUCACCAUCUGUUCUUUGAGUGUUCGUACUCUGCAUCUGUCUGGAAUUAUUAUGCACGAAAAGUCUGGUCUAACCCGCCACCGGACAUUCAUUCAGCUGCAGCUUGGAUAAAUUGCUCGAGAUCUUCCUCGCCUCAAGAGCGAUGCAUCAUAAAGCUCAUGUUCCAAUCUUCCAUUUAUCUUAUAUGGAAAGAGAGGAACUCGAGAAUCUUUACAGGUCAGUCCCUUCCUGCUCAAACUGUCCGAGCAGCUGUGGAUCGUCAAAUCAGAGACCGGUUGCUCUCCGUCAAACCGUCGCAGAGUCUCCAGCCUUCUCUCCUGCAAGUCUUCUUCGCCUGCACAAGGCCUCCUUGA